AUGCUUUUCGAGGCGUGUCCAGCUGCGGCACGUCAUGGUUGCGAUUUACGCAGUCCUUAUUUAUUCUUUCAUUUUUUUCGAGAGCAGCUUUUUAAAAUUCCAUAUUUAAUUUUUUUCCUUGCUUUCUCAACUUUUCAUAAUUUUCCAAUAAAACCGGCCCUGUAUCUAUUUUUUAGUUUGCUGAAAUAAUUUUCAUAAUGUUUGAGGCCGUAUCUAUUCAUGGGCUUCAAUGAUUUUAAUAACGGGGAUCUUUUCAUUUCUACUUUAAUGUAACUUUAAAAUUUGUCAAAGUUUUCAUAUUCGCAAAGAAAGUUUUCCGUUUCAAAUUUAUGACGCCCUCUUAUUCUCACGGCCUUAAUUUAAUGUUCACGCAUAUGGCCUAGGCCUUCAAAGAGUGAUUCACUGUUUAUGAGUUUCUUUUUUCAUGGCUCAUUUUUUCUUCCAAACUUCCUAAAAAAUAAUGAGACAGUUGAAAAAGUUUCCCUAUAAGAGUGUACUAGCGGAACAUUUUUUUCAUUCGAAAGCUUUCAGUUAAUCCACAUCUGAAAUAUAAUUUCAAAGUGUUGAUUCAAAAACCUUCAAUGACAGCUAUAUAUAAAUUAAACUUAAAUUUUUUUCAAAGGAUAAAGCCUGAUAAAUCAGAAAUUGGCUCAUUAUAGCUCUCAGCCUAAUUUUGGACAUGGCUUAGUGUAUACACUGUAUUAGCCGAACUUUUUGUUAAAGUACAUUAAAACGAAUCGAUUUCAAUUUUGAAAAGUUUUUUUAUUUUUUUCUCCAUUGAAAAUUUAGGAAUCAUAUUUUCAUUUGUUCGCGAGGCAUAAACACCUAUCAAAACCAUAUUGUGUUAUCAUCGCCUGUCUCUCCCCUGGCCCGUUGUUUAUUUGAUUCGAGUGCUCGACGUCCGCUGUACUUUCAAAAUUCUGUCAUCACUCUCUUCUUCGUAUUUGACUUUUUCUGAGUAUGCUUGAGGAGCCACGCGUAAUUUAAAAGAAAAAAUUUUUUCAGAGAAUCGAAGCAUGAAAAGACUUCGCGUCGAAGAAUUUUAACUUUGUUGCAGAAAAUGAGCGGCCGCCAGCCGUUGAUACCUACGCCUUCUACCAGACGUCUUAGUAAAGAUCGUCGCAGGUUUCAGAUAUUUAUUUGUAGUGAAAUGGUUUUUUUUUCCAUUAUCAGAUUUCUUGUGGUCGUUUUUUUCGAUAUGGCCAUCACUGUGCUGUUGUGGCUGAUAUGUACGGUGAGCUUUUUGAUACUUUCAGACUUAUGUUAUCGAAAAAAGGUGAAAUAUCAGUUCAGAAGGAGAAAUCGUCUUUUGCAGGUUACUCGAGGCGACGACUGGCGGAAAGUGUUUUUCAAUGAAGUGAACAUUUUCAACGAGGAGUUUUUCAAGGUAGUUUCUUCUCGCUCUCCAACUUAGCCUGCUGCCCAGGAAUCUCUCUUCGACCUGGUGCUGCUCUCCUCCUUGCGGAUGUUGCUGCUGACGACGGUCUAUGGCUGCUGUGUCUCGAGCACUUCGGUCGUCGUCGCCUUCACAACCCUCGCCUCAAGUUCUUACAUCGUCGUCAAGGCAAGCUCCUGGAUCUUCCCAACAUGAUCUUUGUCUACAGGUCUUGUUUUUCUUCAAUCGUUUGCAAAACUCCGUGCCGCAGUUUCUCUUGGUCAUAACUUCUUUUUCUCUUUGCUGGUUCGAGUUGUACCUCAUGCCAUUCAAAAUUCUUCCACGUGAACGCCGACGUUUGUUUUUUUUUUGUAUUCUAAUAAAGGUUAAAUCGGUUAAAUAAUAUGGAAAUAUUGAAGUUUGAGAAACUUUUUAUGUUUGAGGUAAUGAUUUUCAUAGAAACCUUCAAUUUUCGAGAAGAUUAUCCAUAAAUUUCAGAUGCGCGGGCAAUUCUUGACAACGAAUAUUAUUCAUCAGAUGAAGAACAUCCCAGGUAGAUUUUGAACAACUCCGUUUCAUUGUUGCACAAAAUAAACCGAAGAAAUUGAAAAAGUAUGAAAAACUCUUGUCUUUCCAUAUUUUUGCCUCAUCUCAAAAAUUAUCCGAGAUAGUUCACAAAUCUUCAAACUUUGUUUCUAAACUAACGGCAUAUGAACCCUACAUUUUCACAACAUUACUUUUUUUGGAUUCGCAGAUCGAGGACUUCGGCUCGCAGUCGUGUACCGCGUCGAAAUGUCGCGUCGUCUGCGUCCAAUGCUGCCGCCGCGAUAUCGCGCCGCAACCUCACUUUCUCAGACAAUGACGAAUUCCGCAGCGCCGUCGAGUUUUCCUCAGGUUCAUAAGUUUUUUUUCCUCCUGGAGCAGGUGGUUUUUAUUUCAUAUAUGAAGAUUGAUUUGCUCUACAUUCGUUUCUAAACGGAAUAAUCCUUGGCGCAGAGCUUUUCUACUUAUUAAUUUAUUCUUUUUCUGAGGUUUUUCUGAUAAGAAACACGCUAUUUCUACAUUGACGCUCUCUAGAUUGGUAUGAAAUCAACAAACUUUCUGCAGUAGUUGUAGUAUACGCUUUUCGAGACAAAAAAGUUCACGCUAUUUAUAGUAUAAAUAAUUUGUGUCCCAAAGCAACCUUAACAGAAGAAAAAUGGACAUCAGAAUUUCCAAAAAAUCUUGAAAAAAGAAAAACGUAUUUAAUGAUGGUCCUGCAGAUCGUUUUGAUCUAUUUUGGUAACAUUGUUGAAAAACUCAUCAAUUUUUGAAGUAUGAGAUUUCAAAAACUGGAAAAUAUAAAGAAAGUAAUUUUUGCCCAUUAUGUUCAUCUUUUAAUUUCGGCAGAGUUAACUUUUCCCCAAAUAAUUGAGCGGAGAGCUUUUUUAUAAGUGAGGCCUUUCCUAUUGAUUCGAUUGUAACAAAAAACAGACUUUGAGCCGUAAUAUAUCUAUUUUUUCAAACCGUCUCUAUUAUUGCCAAUUGAAACUGGGGAAUUUUUUUGUUUAAGACGACGAAAAUCGGCUGUCACGGCUGAUGGUGCCGCCGGAGAUGAGACGACAGCUCGAAACGGUUGGUGUUGCCCAGAAUCUCUGUUACGCUGGUUCAGGCGCUGUCGGAGGGUGAGAAACACACGGAAGAGCUUUUGAGAGACUCGAUGCUUGGUGGAUGGAAAUCUUUGCGUUCCGAGGAUCCUUUGGUUUGUUUGAUGCUCUUUUCAUUUGCUUUGAAUGGUCUAUGUGAAGUUAUACAUAUAAUGCUACGAGACUGAAAAAUAAAUUGAAUUAUUGAGUAUUUUGUGAGUUUAUUGAGUAGUUCAGGUGAUGCAAGGUCCGGACGGCUACUUCUUGGUCCGCGCGGAAUUUCCCUCGUUCCCGGCUCUCGUCCUGUUCAACAUAGCCUGGAAGGAUAUGCUCAAGUGGAACACUCAGGUGCUGGAGGGAAAAGUCAGUUCUUUUCUUUCUGAAAAACUUUGUACACUUUUUUUCAAGGCGGUCGCUCAUCUCGACCACUCCACUGACUUGUAUUAUUCGGUCAGUGCGCCAGCUAUGCGUGGCUAUAUUUCUUCAAGGUUUUUCUUUCCUUAAAGGCAUUUAGUUUAUUGGAAAAAAAUUUCCAGAGACUUUCUGGAUGUCCGCCGUAUUCAUUUAGAUGCCGCCAAGAAUGUUUACAGCGGGUAUUUCGUUUCAGUCGAGUCGAGUUUGUGUCCAAAAAACGCAAAUCCCAAAAUUGUGAGGUUUGUUCGGAGACACUCACAGCCACUGAUAAGAUACAUGUUACGUUGCAGAGGGCACAACUAUCCUUCCUUGAUCCGAACUCAUUCCAAAGAUCCUCUAGGGACUGCGCACUUCGAAUGGCUGAUGAAAACAGAUCUGAAAGGCUCGUUUUUUUUUCGAAGUAGAUUUCAUGAAAAUGAGAACCGUUCAUUCGUCAAAUCUGAAACAGUCUGUCUUUUUUGCUUUUUUUGUAUGAUUGAUGCUUGCAUGGUUUUAUCAGGGAAGAGAAACGCAGAUAAGUCAGAAUGUGUCAAGCUUUAAAUGUGUUGAAAUAUAAAAAUAAGAAACUAUGAAAUUGUAAUUUGAAAACUUGAUGAUUUUUCUGCUAACCGAACUACGUCAUAUGACUUUUAAAAAAAAACUCGUUUUCCACCAAAAAAAACUUGAUUUUGCAAAUUGCUCAUUUUAUGGAAAUUAUCCUGAAAAUUUUGAAAUGACCAUGUAUGUUUCGACCAGAUUACAUUGAAUUUGGUAUCCAACGGAAGGGAGACGGUUUUAAGGUGGUCUGCCCAGACGCCUUGUUCAGUCCGGAAUGGUAACCUACUUCACCGAACACGUGCGGAGGAUGCGCGAAUUCGCCACCACUCAUUAUCACUGUCCCCAGCAAGUCGACGAAACCGAUCCCACUAACAUUUAG